AAGAAAUGAAACUUACAAGCUAAGUCUUCUAUGCCUAUCUUCCUCGAGCAUGGCAAUACACUCAAAAGCUUGCACUCUUCGAUUCCGGAAAUCAAAUUUUGGCACUUGGAUCAAGUCUAGCAAGUAAUUGCAAGCAUAUUUUCUACUCACUCAGACACUCAAAUCGGCCUGCAUUUUUGCUUCCAGGUCUUCAAAGUUUCCGGGUCGUCUUGGUGCGUGUGGAAGAACCACAGAGAAUGGGUGGUGGAAGGAAGACCAAGUCAUAUACAUUGCAAGAAAAAUCAAAAAGAUCAUGGUCAGUAAAUUGUAGCAUCAGCACUAGAAACCUUGGGAAGGCUAAGUUAGCUGGAGUUAUCUUUGGUUGCAAGAACAAUACAAUCAAAGAGUGCAUUUCCAAACUGCUGUUUGGCCUACCAGCUACUCAUAUCUCUUAUGUAAAGCAUAUUCGACCUGGUUUGCCACUUUUCUUAUUCAAUUACAAUUAUAGGAAGCUACAUGGUAUAUUUGAAGCUGCUAGUGAAGGAAAAAUGAACAUUGAUCCUUGUGGGUGGACUGAAAAUGGCUCAGAAUGCACCCCAUUUCCAGCACAAGUAAGGGUCCGAAUUCAGAUGCAAUGCCAGCCCCUUAUUGAAGACCUAUUUGGUCCUAUAAUCAUUGGCAACUAUUAUGAAUCAAAUCACUUUUGGUUUGAAUUAGACCACAGUCAGACAAGUAAGUUGAUAUCCAUGUUUGCAUCUUCACCAGUUUUCGCUAGCAAUGCCCUCCUCAAUGUUGAGAGAGCCAAUUUAAAUGUGAACCCUAACUCAUCUAUCAUGAGAAAUAGCGAUCAUUCUAUGGUGCAUUCAAAGGCUCACAUUGGACAAUGUUCUUUCAAUGCUCAUGGUUUGGACGAGAAAAAUAGGUCACCUAACAUAUCAGACAAUGAAGAAGCACGUAGAAUAGGGCAAGCAAAAGAAACCUGUCUUGCUUCCAAAGGCCAGAGUUCUUCCCUUCCUCAGCAAAAAUGGAGUGAACUAUUUGCAAAAACAAUCAAUACUGAUAGUACAUUGGCUUCAUCUAGUAGUCUUGAGUUGGAUGGGGAAAAUGAUUCAUUAAAAGACUUUGUAGGUGGACCUGGACAAUUUUAUGAAGAAUUUGAUGGCCUGAAGCAGCACAUGGAAACCCUAUACUUCUCUCUUGCAAUAGACAAUGAUCCUUGCUUUCCUCAAAAGGCUUCAAUGGAGGUCGUGUCUUCUAAGACUAAUACAUUAGAGGAGAAUAUUUCUUUGUUGGAUAGAGCAGAGAUAGAAAACUGUUCCUUGCCCGGAGAAGAGUCUGUUCCAGAUGCCAAUUCACAGUCUACUAUGCACAAGAUACUAGAGGAAAUCUGCCAGUUGAAGCUAAAUCAAGUCAAACAGGAUCAGAAAAUUAGAUCAUUGGAGGAGGAGUUGGUUGAAUCACGAAGGGUGAUAAAGAACUUGAAGCAGCUAUUGGAAAUCUCAGAGUGUAGCUCAUGUGAACAAACUGAUCUUGUUACGGAUUCUGAAUCGAGUGUUGAGAAAUCAAUACUCAUAAUAGGGGGUUUUGAUGGUUUAUCUCAUUUAUCAUGUGUGGAUUGUUAUUGUCUUUCUCGUGAUUCAUUGGAGUCCCUUUGUCCAAUGAGUUGUAUGCGCUCUUAUACUUCUGCUGUGAAGUUGAAUGACGAAAUCUAUGUUAUUGGUGGUGAAUGCCGUAAUUUGUGGUAUGAUACAGUUGAAUCAUACAAUUUAGAAAACAACCAGUGGGUUACACGUCCUUCAAUGAAUCAAAAGAAAGGAAGUCUUGCUGGGAUUUAUUUGAAUGAGAAGAUUUUUGCAAUUGGUGGUAGCAAUGGAGCACACUGUUUUUCUGAAGUUGAAGUAUUUGAUGUCAAUGUAGGAAUGUGGAUCCUGUCGCAAUCAAUGCACGAUAGGAGAUUUUCCCUUGCUGCUGCAAAUUUCAAUGGUGCAAUAUAUGCUGCUGGUGGAUAUGAUGGAAACGACUACUUGAAAUCACUAGAGAGAUAUGAUCCUCGGCAACGUUCAUGGGAAAGACUUGAGAGUAUGUACACAAAGAGAAGCUGUCAUUCUUUAGCAGUCCUUGAUGAAAAAUUAUAUGCCAUCGGUGGCUAUGAUGGAGAACGGAUGGUCUCAACAGUGGAGAUAUAUGAUCCUCGAAUGAAUCGUUGGACAAUGGGUGAAUCAAUGAAUAAUUCUAGAGGAUAUUCUGCAGCUGUUGUUAUUGGAAACUCAAUUUUUGCUAUUGGAGGUUUGGUUGAAGAUAAUGCCUCUGACAAGGUGGAAUGUUACGCGGAGUCGCAAGGCUGGCACUCAACUAAUCUUAAAGGUCUUGGCAAACGAUGCUCCUUCUCUGCCGUAGUCUUGUGAGGGUAUGGUUUACGUUUCUGUGCAUCUCUUCAGCUUCUCAAGAAGACUAAUGUUCCCACUUUCUUCUUACAUGGCUGCCCAUGAAGUUUGACUCUAGAUCUGCAAAUUAUCCAGUCACAGAUGUCUCACCUCAUGUUACUUUUAUCCUGUGAAGUUAAACUUAUUUGGCUUUUUUGUAAAACAAGCGACUUUUCAUCCUGGAAGAACAAGCAAGUACAGGACGAAACUCAUUGAAAUGAAAUGUGCGGAUGAGCUUGUCUUUCCUCCAAA